AGUUAAAGAUUUGGUUGGUUGGAUGGUUGGGCUCUCUCCCAACUCCCAAGAGAGAGAGAGAGAGAGAGAGAGAAAGAGAGACAGAUCUCUCUCUCUAUACAUCUGUUCGUUGGUCUGUGAGAAGCGGACAAACCAAAGAAAGAAAAGAGGUGACAUGGGUGGAUUCAGAGAGUUCGGUGCUGAUCAACAUUCCUCCUCCUCAAACAUAUUCCACUCCAUCACCGCCAUAGUCAUCUGGCUUGGCUCCGUUCACCUGAACGUCGCUAUUGUUCUCUCCUCCCUCAUUUUCCUUCCCCCUUCUCUCUCCCUCCUGUAUAUCCACACACCUUCUCUCUCUCUCUCCCCCUUUGUUCUUACUCUUUUUGAAAUCCUCUGUUUUUUUUGCAGGGUAUUGGGUCUGCUCUUUCUCUUAAUCUUCAUCCCCAUCGAUGAUCGUAGCAAAUACGGUCGAAUGCUCGCUAGGUACAUAUGUAAACACGCGUGUAGUUAUUUUCCUGUUACUCUCCAUGUCGAGGAUUACGAAGCUUUCCAGCCUACUCGUGCCUAUGUUUUUGGUUAUGAACCACAUUCGGUGUGGCCUAUUGGAGCUGUUGCACUUGCUGAUCUUACGGGGUUCAUGCCUCUUCCUAACAUCAAAGUUCUUGCUAGUACUGCUGUAUUCUACACACCGUUUCUGAGGCAAAUAUGGACGUGGUUAGGGCUCGCCCCUGCUUCUAGGAAGAAUUUCGCUUCCUAUUUGGACUCUGGCUAUAGUUGUAUCCUCGUACCUGGUGGUGUCCAGGAGACAUUUCACAUGAAACAUGAUGUUGAGAACUUAUUCCUUUCAUCGAGAAGGGGGUUUGUGCGCAUAGCCAUGGAGCAUGGGACACCUCUCGUUCCAGUUUUCUGCUUUGGUCAGUCACGAGUGUACAAGUGGUGGAAGCCGGACUGGAACCUCUACCUUAAACUAUCAAGAGCCAUCAAGUUUACUCCCAUCUGUUUCUGGGGUGUUUUUGGAUCCCCAAUACCAUUUCGACACCCUCUGCAUGUAGUGGUUGGGAAACCAAUCGAAGUUAGAAAAACUCUGCAGCCAACUGAUGAAGAGAUUGCCAAGGUACAUGGACAGUUUGUGGAAGCGCUUAAGGAUCUGUUUGAGAGGCACAAGGCCAGAGCAGGCUUCUCUGAUCUGCAGUUGAACAUUCUUUGAAAUCAACUUGUCAAAAUGGUUUUGUGUAUUAUCCUGAAUCAUUUGUCGUUAACUUGGAGGUGGCUUUGGAUUUAACUAUGUAUGUCUUAUACGUUUGUAUCAACUUUGGAUUAUAAAGAUCCAUUUACUCUUA